CAAAAUAUUUCAUUUUGAUUGAUUAAAGUAACAUGGAAAUGAUCAAGUUCGUGUUCUUCUUCGGUUUAGUUUAUUGUGUUACGGCCAAAAGUUUGCCUGUACCCACAAAGUGUACAGAUAAUAACGUACUAUUGCCCGACGAAACUAACUGCAAGCUCUAUUACGAAUGCAUCAAUGGAGAAUUGAUCCUAAAAUCAUGCGAAGAUGGAAUGCUGUUCAACUUUGUGACGAAUGAAUGCGACGACAAAGAAAAUGUCGAAUGCAAUCCAAAUUCACCUAAUGAAGACGACGGUUCCGACGAGGCAAAUACACCGUUCGAUGACUCCCUCAAACCCCGGAAUAUGGAAGGAAACCCCAAAGAGAGGCUCUAUUUAGUUCAAUUUGGCUACGAUGGAACAUUUUCAUACAGUUUAUUGGGCUCCAACAACCUGCUAGCAAUGCCUUCAUGGGACUUUCAAAGCCUCUUACAAACGACAUCAGCACCUGUAGAAUUAUCAUCGCCUACCGCAACCACUCAAAGCUCCAUAGAUACGACAGUAGCACCUGUAGAAUUAUCAUCGCCUGUAGUAGUCGAUCUAAGCCCCGUAGAAACGACAGUAGCACCUGUAGAAUUAUCAUCGCCUACAGCAACCACUCAAAGCUCCAUAGAUACGACAGUAGCACCUGUAGAAUUAUCAUCGCCUGUAGUAGUCGAUCUAAGCCCCAUAGAAACGACAGUAGCACCUGUAGAAUUAUCAUCGCCUGUAGUAGUCGAUCUAAGCCCCGUAGAAACGACAGUAGCACCUGUAGAUUUAUCAUCUCCUGUAGUAGCCGAUGUAAGCCCCAUAGAAACGACAGUAGCACCUGUAGAUUUAUCAUCUCCUGUAGUAGCCGAUGUAAGCCCCAUAGAAACGACAGUAGCACCUGUAGAUUUAUCAUCGCCUACAGUAGCCGAUCUAAGCCCCGUAGAAACGACAGUAGCAUCUGUAGAAUUAUCAUCUCCUGUAGUAGCCGAUGUAAGCCCUAUAGAAACGACAGUAGCACCUGUAGAUUUAUCAUCGCCUACAGUAGCUGAUCUAAGCCCCGUAGAAACGACAGUAGCACCUGUAGAAUUAUCAUCUCCUGUAGUAGCCGAUGUAAGCCCUAUAGAAACGACAGUAGCACCUGUAGAUUUAUCAUCUCCUGUAGUAGCCGAUGUAAGCCCCAUAGAAACGACAGUAGCACCUGUAGAUUUAUCAUCGCCUACAGUAGCUGAUCUAAGCCCCGUAGAAACGACAGUAGCACCUGUAGAAUUAUCAUCUCCUGUAGUAGCCGAUGUAAGCCCUAUAGAAACGACAGUAGCACCUGUAGAAUUAUCAUCGCCUACAGAAACCACUCAAAGCUCCAUAGAUACGACAGUAGCACCUGUAGAAUUAUCAUCGCCUACAGCAGACAGUCAAAACCUCGCCGAAUCGACAUUAGCCCCUUCAGACGAGUCAAUGGAUCCAUUCGACAUCGCGGACCUAAUAGAUUUUUUUGACGCUUAA